AUGGCUAUCGCAGGAAAGCAGAAGACCAUUGUGUUCUUUCAUCCUGAUCUAGGGAUUGGUGGUGCCGAAAGACUCGUUAUAGAUGCCGCAGUAGGAUUACAGAAUCGUGGACACAAAAUCGUUAUAUUCACCAGCUAUUGCGAUCCUAAACAUUGCUUUGAUGAAGCUCGAGAUGGUACACUUGAUGUGCGAGUAAGAGGAAACUGGCUUGUCCCAUCCUCAAUCCUCUCUCGAUUCUCCAUUAUUUGCGCCAUUCUUCGACAGUUACAUUUAAUUGUCCAGGCCUAUUUUACCUCUGAAAUCAGCAGUCUAAGUCCCGAUGCUUUCUUCGUGGAUCAGCUCAGUGCUGGACUACCGUGGCUACGAUACUUUUAUCCUAAUACUCGAAUCUUCUUUUACUGUCAUUUCCCGGAUCUGUUACUCGCACAGGGAAGAACCCAUUGGUUGAAACGCGCAUAUAGAAUACCUUUCGACUUCUUGGAGCAAUGGAGUAUGAGUUUUGCAGAAUCAAUUGCGGUCAAUUCCGGAUUUACAAAGGGUAUGGUGGAACAAGUAUUUCCUGAAUUGGCUAGGGAAAAGGAUUUACAGAUUGUACAUCCUUGUGUGGAUGUAAAUCCAAAGAAAUCUGAGACCAGUGAUGAUGCAGUUCCAGUCUGGCAUGAUAGAAAUAUUUUGUUAAGUAUCAAUCGAUUCGAAAAGAAGAAGGAUAUUGGUCUUGCAAUUAAAGCAUAUGCAGGAUUGGGUAAGCAUGGAAGACAGGGAGUGAGGUUGGUACUUGCUGGUGGAUAUGAUAACCGAGUGAUGGAGAACGUCGUAUACCAUAAGGAGCUCGUUAAACUGGCUACCGACUUGGGAUUGAAGACAGCUACCACACGGACCAUCGUUACAGCAUUAAAUGUACCUGAUGAUGUGGAUGUUUUGUUCUUGUUAUCAGUACCAAAUACUUUGAAAGAGAUGCUACUCAACUCAGCACGACUUUUGAUAUAUACUCCUUCUAACGAGCAUUUCGGUAUUGUACCCUUGGAGGCAAUGUUGGCCGGAGUUCCAGUAUUGGCCGCAAACACAGGAGGGCCACUCGAAACAGUAGUGGAAGGGAAGACAGGCUGGCUCUGUCCACCUGACGAUGUUGAGAAAUGGACGGCUGUCAUGGAUAAAGUACUAAACAAGAUGACGGAUGAUCAGGUUAAACAGAUGGGAAUUGACGGUGUAAAGAGGGUUAAGAAUGAAUUUUCUGAUGUCAAAAUGGCCGAGAGAAUUGAUGGAUUGAUCGAUGGAAUGGCAAAUACGCCCAGGAAGAGUGCUCUACAACUCUCCGCAUUCUUGCUAACUAUUGUCAUGGUUGCAUUGGACAUUGCAUCCUGGGGCUUGGGUCAGAACACAUCAGUCAACAAAAAGUUGGACAAGUUUUUGUUGCCUCCGUUCGUUCUUACCCUAACGUCAUUGAUAUCGUGGGCUGUGUAUUUUGUAGUUAAUUCCCAGGUCAAGUCGAGUUCGCGGCAGCCGACUAGAUGA